CCGCGAAUUUAGUUCGCAACUAAAGCAACCUAUUUCAGCUGCUGUGCACAUAUUUUUAAAAUAAGUCCACACGGCGCUAGCCGCUAGUUAAAAAAUAAUUUUGAAUUUAAUUUAAAAGUAAGUUUAACGAAUAUAUUGUAAAUAUAUACUACUGGAAAUAAAUAAAUAUUUAAUGGUACGUGGAACUAGGUCAAACUAGUCACCUAAACGUAAAAUCGAGUGUCAAGAAUCGAUGCUUGAUCGUUUUCGGAAGGUCGACUCCGAAAAACCGAUUAUUUGAUGAGAAAACUCGACUAUCGAGUAGAAUCGGAAACGAGUUUGCCAUCGCUAUGCCACAGUGAAUGCAUUUGUUUGGCUUUAGUGGGAAACGUUUUAAAGUUUUUCCUUUAUCUUGUUAAACAAUAAAUUUUAAUGGAAGAACACAAAUUAGAGGAAUUGCGUAGCAAAAACUUCAGUCAGAUUAAAUCUAUAUUGACCGAAUUUAAUUCAAAAAAUGAUGACCUUUUCAAUUUUUCGGCUUUCCAUGUAGAUGGGCGCUGGCAUGCUAUGUGGCGUGCACUCUUCGACAUACUUAAUGAUGAUAGCUUACAGGACUUGCAUGAUCUAACUUUAAAUAGUGUCCGUAUCCUCACAAGAGACAAAUGUAGUUUACAAACAGAAGAUUUAGAAGAAGAUGUAUCUUGUCUUCUUAAAUUAGCUCACUUGGAGCAUCCUGAAGCUGUAGAAGUGUCUGAUGAUACCGAGCCAACUGGUUGUGAGUCGAGUAUGAUUGACAUUGAUUCAGACGGAUUAGCAGUUCAAAAUGUUAAUGUACAUUGGAGUGGUAGCACAACCCGAGUUGUAGUUGAGUCUCUUAAAUGUCUGUGUAAUUUAGUAUACCAAUGUGCAGAUCGCCGUCGCCAAUGCGUAAAAUCUAACAUAACAGAUGCUAUUCUAAAGCGGAUCGCAUCAUCUGUACAACAUCCACCUUCAGUUGAAUUUUUUGAUAUGAAAUUGUUAUUUUUGAUAACAGCAAUGGAGCCAGCAACACGUACACGUGUACAAAUUGAUUUAAAUGGAGUCGCUUACAUGACUGGAUGGCUUGAUGAAAAACUUGUAGAAAAAGAUGCUAGUGAUGAGCAUAUGGAUUUAUUAUGUGAGAUGCUAAAAGUAAUGUUUAAUAUUACUACAAAUUCUGACAGAAGCCCAAAUGAAAAUGAAAUUCAGAGUCGACAUUUAACUGGUGUCCUACGAAAGUUGCUAUUGAAUUUCGGUGAUCUAAGGAAUGAGCGAGAGCGUAGCAUAAUUAUGCACGCCAUCAACCUUUUGACAAACAUUUCUGGUAGUUGUUUGACAGAGUUGAUAAUGAAGAGUGAAUCAGGUGGUCCAGCCACAUCUUCUAUAUUAAUUUAUGAAGGAUACAAUGUACGUGCAUUAGAAAUAAUUACGAGGUAUUUAAAAGUGAUAUUAGAUGAACAGGAAAAAGCUGCAACAUCUAAUGAGCUAAUUUCUCCAGUUCUAACAUUGCUAGUCAAGUGUGCACGAAGUGAUAAGAUUUUGCGACACUAUAUCAGAAGUGUAGUAUUACCCCCAUUACGGAAUGUUUAUACACGACCCGAAGUGGGAAAUGAACUACGAAAUCACUUAUGUCGGUUUUUAACUUUACCAGAAAUGAUGUUGCGUGAUUUAUCUACAGAGUUACUUUUUGUGUGCUGUAAAGAAAAUGUAUCACGCAUGAUAAAACAUACAGGGUACGGUAACGCUGCUGGCUUAUUUGCAAAGCGUGGUCUCCUAGGGGGUCGGCACGUCGAAAACACUGAUUAUUCUUCAGAUAGCGAGGACAGCGAUACAGAGGAGUAUAAACAAGUACAACAUAACAUCAAUCCGGUUAUUGGAUGUUAUGAGGCUCCGAAAAAGAGUCCUCUCGAAGGUAUGUCUGAGGAGCAGAAGCAAUAUGAGGCCAUGCAGCUUGUAAAUCUAAUGGACAAAUUACACAAAACGGGAGUGGUACAACCAUGUCGUAUUGGUGAGGAUGGCAAACCACAGCCAGUAGAUCAUAUUUUACAAUUGCAGGAGGAAUUACCUCAACAACAAGCGGAUCAGAAACGUAAAACAUAAAUUACACCUGUAUGUUUAGCAAGAUUUUAGUAAACUACAAAUGAUACAAAGCCAAUUUCAAAUAAAUGAUAAAUAUUGAAAGUCGAAUUUUAA